GGCUGCACUGCGCGCGCGCCGACCCGCGUGGGGCCCCGGUUCCGGCGCGCGCGGCGUGGAAGGCGGCGGGUUGCUGCUGCCCGGCUGGAGGCUCCGCGGCGGCCACGGGACCCCCUGCGGGAGGGCGGGAGCGCGCCCCUGCGCCUUGCCUCUGCGCCCCGCGUCCGCAGCCGGCGCUCCGCGGGGACCCGGAGCAGGCGCUUUUCUAGAAGAUGACCAUAGAGGACCUCCCGGAUAUUCCACUGGAAGGAAGCUCUCUGAUCGGAAGAUACCCAUUCUUAUUCACAGGCUCGGACACAUCGGUCAUCUUCUCCAUCUCUGCAGCACCGAUGCCUUCCGACUGCGAGUUUUCUUUCUUUGAUCCUAAUGAUGCAUCAUGCCAGGAAAUUCUCUUCGAUCCCAAAACUUCAGUCUCAGAAUUAUUUGCUAUUUUAAGACAGUGGGUUCCUCAGGUCCAGCAGAACAUAGACGUUAUUGGAAAUGAGAUUCUUAAGAGAGGCUGCAAUGUGAAUGAUAGAGAUGGACUGACGGAUAUGACUCUGUUACAUUACACUUGCAAGUCUGGGGCUCAUGGCAUCGGUGAUAUUGAGACAGCUGUAAAAUUUGCAGCUCAACUUAUUGAUCUGGGAGCAGAUGCGAGUUUGCGGAGUCGAUGGACGAACAUGAACGCUCUGCAUUAUGCUUCCUACUUUGAUGUGCCAGAGCUCAUAAGAGUGAUUUUGAAGACCUCGAAACCAAGGGAUGUGGACGCCACCUGCAGCGACUUUAAUUUUGGGACAGCCCUGCACAUUGCAGCACAUAACUUGUGUGCGGGAGCCGUGAAAACCUUGCUGGAGCUGGGCGCGAACCCUGCCUUUAGGAACGACAAAGGACAGAUCCCCGCAGACGUCGUUCCAGACCCAGUAGACAUGCCUCUGGAGAUGGCUGACGCCGCAGCCGUUGCUAAGGAGAUCAAGCAGAUGCUCUUGGACGCAGUGCCUCUGCCCUGUACCAUCUCUAAGGCCACGCUUCCAAACUGUGAUCAUACCACUAGCAAGGCCGUGCUGGCAUCUCUUGGCCUGAAGUUGGGAGACCGUGUCGUCAUCGCAGGACAGAAGGUUGGAACAUUAAGAUUUUGUGGAACAACGGAGUUUGCAAGCGGCCAGUGGGCUGGCAUUGAACUGGAUGAGCCUGAAGGGAAAAACAACGGUGGCGUGGGGAGAGUCCAGUACUUCAAGUGUGCCCCCAAAUACGGUAUUUUUGCACCCCUUUCAAAGAUAAGUAAAGUAAAAGACGGGAGGAAAACUACCACACACGUUCCUUCUACGAGAGCCACCCUGCACGCCAGGGCCCAGAAGGUUGAUGUAGCCCACGUCACAUCUAAAGUAAAUUCCGGGUUGAUGACAUCUAAAACAGAGAAUGCUUCUGAAUCCACACUGUCAUUGCCCCCGAGUGAAGAACCGAAAACUGUAGCAGAAAAUGAUGCUGCCCAGCCUGGGUCCCUCAGCAGCUCCUCCUCCACGACCUCCCUGGACCACAAGCAGAGCUACCCAAAGAAGCGGAGCACAGCCUGCAGUGGCAAGAAGACUCUGAGCAAAAGCCCCGCUCUCCCGUCCAGAGCCAGCGCUGGUUUGAAAUCUUCAGCAACAUCUGCAGCAAGUAGCACUCACUGUGAAGGAGCACUCCGCCUCGGAGAAAGGGUGCUGGUGGUAGGCCAGAGAGUGGGGACCAUUAAGUUCUUUGGGACAACAAACUUCGCUCCAGGGUAUUGGUACGGCAUAGAGCUGGAGAAGCCCCACGGGAAGAACGACGGUUCGGUUGGAGGUGUGCAGUAUUUUAGUUGCUCUCCGAGAUAUGGAAUAUUUGCCCCCCCCUCCAGGGUGCAGAGGCUAUCAGAUUCCCUGGAUACGCUUUCAGAAAUAUCUUCAAAUAGACAGAAUCAUUCUUAUCCUGGUUUUAGGAGAAGUUUCAGUACAACCUCUGCUUCUUCUCAAAAAGAGAUUAACAGGAGAAAUGCUUUUGCCAAGACCAAGACCACCCUGCGCCGCAGCUGGAGCAGCUCCACCACGGCGGGGGGUCUGGAGGGGACCGCGAAGCUCCACGAGGGCUCUCAGGUCCUGCUCACAAGCUCGAACGAAAUGGCCACGGUUAGGUACGUGGGCCCCACGGACUUUGCCUCGGGCAUCUGGCUUGGACUGGAGCUCCGAAGUGCCAAAGGGAAAAAUGACGGUGCCGUGGGCGACAAGCGCUAUUUCACCUGUAAGCCAAACUACGGAGUGCUGGUUAGACCAAGCCGAGUGACCUACCGAGGGAUUAGUGGGUCAAAGCUCAUCGAUGAGAGUUGUUGAGCUAACUCCCUAACUGAGCUUCUCUGGAUAUGUAUAUGUGCUCGAUAAAAAAUAGGGUCUACGACAAAGGGUUUACUUUACUUAGCUAUUAUGUGAACGCUGAAAAUAGAGUGAUCUUCGUAAAAAUCUCCAAAGGAACACAAAUAUGAACUUUGAGGGUCAUGGUUCUUUUGAAAAUAAUUUCAGAAUGCACACUUUUUUUUUUUUUAAACUUCAGGUCCCAAGAAAACUUUGGGACUCAAAAAAAAAAAAAAAAAAAGGCCAUGAAUGUGGUACUUAGCAAUAUGUUGUGGUUACUUCACCAUUCAACUUCAUUUUUGCACAUGGUGUUCCGCUCUUCACAGAGUUAGCGUUUCCACCACGAGCUUCACAUGACCUGUUUCCUGUCCAGGUGUCCUGGCAUGUUCCUUUCCAUCCUCUGUGGUUUGUUACUGAAAAGUACCUAGAGGGCGGGCAAUAGACAACUGGUGUAUCUUUUAUAUUUUGGGUAGGCUCGCUGCUCCUGGGAGCAGUUAGGACCUGGGAGGAGGGUGGGCACUGGGUGAUGUCUGGCUCUGCCUCGCACCUCUGACAACCACAGAGAUCCCCUUCACCUGAACCACUCACUACCUGGCUGGUUAUCAGAGCUGAGCGUGAGCAGAGGUGUCCUGACUCGGUGUACACCUCAGCACACAGUGUGCCCUCAGGUUUCCCUUCUGCGGCCCCACUGUCCCACCCGAGCGCGCUACAAGAGACUUGCAGUCAGGCUUGUGAUCUUUUUUGCACACUUAAUUUAUCAUUGUAAGUUCCCAACAUGCACAGCACUUUUGAAACAUGAUGCACUUUUUACUUUUUGAGACUUUGCCUUCAUUUCCUCCUGGGAUAUAAAAACACUUUAAAGAAGUAUUUCACAGAAUAGAGUACAUUAAAAUGUGUUGGGCAGGGUGUGUUAUCCACGUGGAUGUUCACGGUGUCUGGGCUUGGGGUAGGGUCGGGAGUUAGCUGUAGCUGCUGAGUUGUGCCCACUCGCCACACAACUGCAGAGCCAUGGCUGGUCGUUCAUUGUCUUGGGCACAUGUUAAACUAAGCUUCAUGAUAGUGAUAUGAUAAUGUUACACAUUUGUCUUGUGUUAUGUAUUGAAGUUUCUGUCCUGUUAUGUGUAAACAUUUAUCCACUGUUGUAAAUAUUUAGACUUGAAACUACCACACUAAUAUUGGAACAGUUUGCUUUAUGAAAUUAGAAGUAUCCGUCCAAAUGGAAUUUGCUUUUUGCUUAGACCUAUACUAUGCUGAACUCUUUUGCAAUAUUCUAUCUUAAACCUAAAUCUGGUCACUUUGUUGCCUUUUUAAAAAGUGUGGUAUUUCAAAUAGAGUUAUUUUCCUGAAAUAUAUUUGCAAACUCAAGCUGCUUUAUAAUCAAGGAAUAUUUUUAUUGAUUGAAGAAAAUGACUGCUGCAAUUCAAAAGCGAACUUAUUUUAUUAUAUAGAUGAUUUCUUAAGAGCUAUUUAUACCAUAAUAUAAAAUCCACAACUAUAGUGAGCCUAGGAGUCUGUAGUUCUUCCUGUUAAUAAUAUUCAACACUGUAUGUUAGAGACAGCAAUGCCAACACUGAUGUUAUUUUUGACGUAAAAAACAGUUGUUCUUUUCCCAUUUAAAUGGGGAUUAUUAAAUCCGUAAAAUGUAUAUGCUUAUGUAUGCUACAUGUGCAAGUUAGGGGUUUCCUUUUGUGUUCUUAUUAAAUGUCAUUCAGAUUCACUUCUUGAAUACUAAUAAAGAGGGAAGCUGUUGGA